GAACACCACCAUUUUUUCUUCAGAAAUCAAAGGAGACUCUCUCUUUAUCUGUAGACGAUUCUCUUUGAAAGCAUAGUUUAAACCUAAAAUUCAUCAUACACUGUGUUUACAGAAGAACUGAUUGCUGUUUUGAGCUUCAUAAUCGAUUCUGUUUAUGUUAACGACUCCAGAUUCUCCAGAUUCCUCGACAUUUUGAGAAAAAACCUAACAGAUUUAUGUUGUUCGUUGAUGAAUUUGUUAAAUCGAGUUCAUGUUUGUGAGAAUUUAAGGAUUUUUGUAAUCGUUGAUCCAAAAAUUUUGUCGGAGAUUGAUGGAUAAAAUAGAGAAGAGAGGAGUAGUAGGAGUAGGAGUAGGAGGAGGGUGUAAACAACCAGAGACCACAACAGAUUUGUUUCUGAAAUGGGGAAAUAAAAAGAGACUCAGAUGUGUGAGGAUGAGAGACUCAGAUGAUGCUGCCGACGACCCAUCCUACGCCGUUUCCGGCCGCCGUAGGAUUCGCCGGAGAAUCAACUCUCGCUUUGUUUCCUUUCCAUCCGAUAAUAAUAACAAUAAUAAUAAAGCACCUUCUCAUCCACCACCAUGUACCCGUCUCACAAGAUGCAGAUGUAAUCACGGUUGAAACAAAGUUUUCCUCCAAAUUAUCGAAACUUUGGGAUUUUCUGGAAUUUAGGACAACAAAUUCUCCAAGUUUUCUGAAAAUCUGGAAUUCUGAGACUGGAGUUCAUCUAAGGUCGGACAACAACCGGAAAUCGUCGCCGGAGAAGGAGGUGUAUACGACACGAGGAGCUUCAGCGGCAGUGAGUAUGGCGGAGAAACCAUCGGUAUCGCCGGUAGACGGCGGCGGCGGUGGUGGUGGAGGAGAUCAAAAGGUCAAACAUGUGUGGCCAAAACUGUUCAUAACAUUAUCAAAUAAAGAGAAAGAAGAAGAUUUCAUGGCAAUGAAAGGUUGUAAACCUCCCCAUAGACCUAAGAAAAGACCCAAAAUCAUUCAAAGAAGUUUGCUUUUGGUGAGUCCAGGUGGAUGGUUGACCGAUGUGUGUCAAGAGAGAUAUGAAGUCAUAGAAAAGAAGAGUACAAAGAAGAGGCCAACAGGGUUGAAGUACAUGGGAAGUAGCAUGGAUAGUGAUUCAGAAUGACGAAUCCUCUUUUCUUGUGGACUUGUUUUGUAAAUUCUUUUUUUUUUUAAAUUUCAUUUAUCAACUUUAAUGAAAAUGGAAAUUUCUUUUUAUUUAUUUUAUAUAUUGGUCUCAAACGUCCAAAAUUUAUACAGGCUCACACCCAAAGUUGAUUAUAUUUAACCUAAUCUUUAAUUAAAUAAU